GCCCUCUACGACGGAUCAGCUCGUGGCCUUGUCGGACGACAUGUUCCUUGGCAUGGAACACGCGCCUUCCGACUUUUUUUCUCCCUUGUUUGGACCCAUGAUGGGCUUCAAGUCGGACUCGUACAAUGUCAAGACGCUGGGGGGCUCGGGCCGCUGGCCCACCUUUGGCGAAAAACCGUUUGUUUAUUACACGUCGUAUCUGCUGAACCACCGCUUCGGUCUGCGCUCCCGCCAUGUGCAGGCCCACGUGGCGCACUCGGUAUCGCGAGCCGUCAUGCAAGAAGCUAUGGCGUCGUUCCCGCAGCCAUCGACGACGGGCGCGUGCGAGCGGUUCCGGGGUGAGUCGCACUUCCAGAUAUACCCCUGGUACGUCGCAUACCACUACAGCAUUGAGAGGUUCCGUGAGGCUCUGCUAUGGUCUUUCUUCAUGUCGCGCUCCGACGCCAACGCCGACGGCUACCUCGACUGGACCGAGCGCCGCCAUAUACUCAACGCCAUCGAGCCUGGCUGGCGGCGUCUCACGAGCCACGAUGCCUCGGCGCCCGCGAAGCAAGACUCUAGCCGGGCGCGCAUGUACUACCGCCUGCCCGAGGUCUUGCGUAAAGCUGGACUUCAGCCGCCCAAGGUGAACAUGAACGUGCUCUGGACAUCACUUGACGGCCCCGAGACCAUUCGCAACAUCAAGUGCCACGACUUCGACGUGGACAAGUGCUUCGGCGACUCCUUCGCCUCAGCGCGCUCCGACAGCACUACCUCCAACCCGGACUUCGCCGCUUCCAAUGUCUUCUCGCGCGUAUCCUCGCAGCACCCCUCCUGCGGCGACUGCCUCAUCAAAUUCCUGCUCGCGUCCACACCGAGCGGAUUGGAACCACUGCUCCCGCCCAAAUCCAAGACCCACGAUCGCGAGGUCAUUAUCAAGGCGCUGAAGAAAUACCAACAUACCGUCGUCGACACCGACGCCAUGAAGUUCGUCAUGGUCAAGGACGCCGAGCAGGCCGAGAUAGAGCUGCUCGAGCGCACCAUUGAGCGCGGCAAGGUCUACGGCCAGUGGUGUUUGAAUGAUGACGUCAUGACCGAGAGUGAGGAGCAGGUCAGCAAGGUGAAGGAGGUCAUGAGCAGGGUUUUUGAGAGGUUGUGGCCUCAGAGGGGGAGGUGGGAGAGGGAAGAUGUGUGAGACGUGGAAUGUGAAGAUGGAAAUGGAAAUUCAUUGGGGCCUGGGAUGAACCAGGCGGCAGGCAUGACGAACUUACCUACGACUAAACCUUUCUUGUAUUUAGUUUUUGCAUCUUCUUGACCAAUACCAUUGAUACCAUUGAUCGGUCAACGCACGACGUAAAAUGGCGAAAUACCGUGUUGUCAAGCCUGCGCCAAUUGCGCUCCACAUACUGUCCACGUAGCCAAGCCAAUGCCUUACCCAGCGUUUACAUAUUACGUCGGCUCUGUUCG